AUGAUCCAGGAGGUGUGCAGCUUUGCCCCCUACCAGCGGCGCACCAUGGAGCUGCCUGAGGUCUCCAAGGACAAACACGCCCUCAAGUUCAUCACGAAGAGGUUCUGCCACUUGCUACGUGAACUACUCAACCUGCUUGUGCCUGAGUUGCUCCUGUCAAGUGGCACCUACUUUUGGGAGGCAUUGGAAGGUCAGAAGCCCGCAGAGCUGAGCGGAGCUGGGCCAGCACAAGCUGUAGAAGUGUUAGCUGUUGACCUGGAGACAGAGGGCUGCUUAGAGACCUGGCGGGAGUCCCCGGGCUGUGGACCCAAGGUGGCUUUAACUAAGAGAGCAGAUCCAGCUGAGCUUAGGACAAUAUUUUUGAAGUAUGCGAGCAUUGAAAAAAAUGGUGAAUUUUUUAUGUCUCCCACUGACUUUGUCACUCGGUAUUUGAAUAUUUUUGGAGAAAGCCAGCCUAACCCAAAGACUGUGGAACUGUUGAGUGGUGUGGUGGAUCAGACCAAAGAUGGAUUAAUAUCCUUUCAAGAAUUUGUAGCAUUUGAGUCUGUCCUGUGUGCUCCGGAUGCUUUGUUUAUGGUGGCCUUUCAGCUGUUUGAUAAGGCUGGCAAAGGAGAAGUUACCUUUGAGGAUGUUAAGCAGGUGUUCGGACAGACCACAAUUCAUCAACAUAUUCCUUUUAACUGGGAUUCAGAAUUUGUACAGCUGCAUUUUGGAAAAGAAAGAAAAAGGCACCUGACCUAUGCAGAAUUCACUCAGUUUUUGCUGGAGAUACAGUUGGAGCAUGCAAAGCAAGCUUUUGUGCAGCGUGACAGUGCCAAGAUGGGAAGAGUCACAGCCAUCGACUUUCGUGACAUCAUGGUCACCAUCCGUCCGCAUGUCUUGACACCGUUUGUAGAAGAAUGUCUAGUAGCUGCUGCUGGAGGUACCACAUCCCAUCAAGUUAGUUUCUCCUAUUUUAAUGGAUUUAAUUCGCUUCUUAACAACAUGGAACUCAUCAGAAAGAUCUACAGCACUUUGGCUGGCAACAGGAAAGACGUAGAAGUGACCAAGGAGGAGUUUGUUCUGGCAGCUCAGAAAUUUGGUCAGGUCACACCCAUGGAAGUAGACAUCUUGUUUCAGUUAGCAGAUUUAUAUGAGCCACGAGGACGAAUGACGUUAGCAGAUAUUGAGCGAAUUGCUCCUCUGGAAGAGGGAACCCUGCCUUUCAACUUGGCCGAGGCCCAGAGGCAGAAGGCCCUGGGAGAGUCGGCUCGGCCAGUGCUCCUGCAGGUCGCCGAAUCAGCCUACCGGUUUGGCUUGGGCUCUAUUGCUGGAGCUGUUGGCGCCACUGCUGUGUAUCCUAUAGAUCUUGUAAAGACUCGAAUGCAGAACCAGAGAUCAACUGGAUCUUUUGUGGGAGAACUCAUGUAUAAAAACAGUUUUGACUGCUUUAAGAAAGUGCUACGCUAUGAAGGCUUCUUUGGACUGUACAGAGGUCUGUUGCCACAGCUAUUAGGAGUUGCCCCAGAGAAGGCCAUAAAACUUACAGUGAAUGAUUUUGUGCGGGACAAAUUUAUGCACAAAGAUGGUUCAAUACCACUCGCAGCAGAAAUCCUUGCUGGAGGCUGUGCUGGAGGCUCACAGGUGAUUUUCACAAAUCCUUUAGAAAUCGUCAAGAUCCGCCUGCAGGUGGCUGGAGAGAUCACUACCGGUCCCCGGGUCAGCGCGCUGUCCGUUGUCCGAGACCUGGGGUUCUUUGGCAUCUAUAAGGGCGCCAAAGCGUGCUUUCUGCGAGACAUUCCCUUCUCGGCCAUCUACUUCCCGUGUUACGCUCACGUGAAGGCCUCUUUUGCAAGUGAAGACGGGCAGAUCAGCCCUGGCAGCCUGCUGCUCGCGGGGGCCAUAGCUGGCAUGCCUGCAGCAUCUUUAGUGACCCCUGCUGAUGUUAUCAAGACUAGAUUACAGGUGGCCGCCCGGGCCGGCCAAACCACUUACAGCGGAGUGAUAGACUGCUUCAGAAAGAUACUGCAGGAAGAAGGGCCGAAAGCCUUGUGGAAAGGAGCUGGCGCACGUGUAUUUCGAUCCUCACCCCAGUUUGGUGUCACUUUGCUGACUUAUGAAUUGCUACAGCGAUGGUUCUACAUUGAUUUUGGAGGAGUAAAACCUGUGGGAUCUGAGCCAGUUCCUAAAUCCAGGAUCAUAUUGCCUGCUCCUAAUCCUGAUCAUGUUGGAGGCUACAAACUGGCAAUUGCAACGUUCGCAGGGAUUGAAAACAAAUUUGGACUUUAUCUACCUCUCUUCAAACCAUCAGCAUCUACCUCAAAAGCAGCCAUCAGGGAAUCAAGGGAGGGCUGAGCCCAGCGAGCCGCUCCAGGGUGGCUCAUCCUGCAGCAAGAGCACCCGCCUUGCCUCGCUCCGGACGAAGCAAGGCCCCAUUCCUUUCCUGUCCAUCUCAUUUAAAUUCAUAUCCAGGCUUUUUGUUAAGUGGAAUCGCUCAUUAUCUGUAUGUUUUCAUAACCAAAUCAUCAUGUGGUUAUUCCUCAUUAUUGUUUGGGCCUCUGCCUACAGACCUGUAUUUGUAUCUGACAUUUGCUGGGAUUGAGUUAACACCAACAUGAUUUGGGGGAAAGAGCAGGUCUGAACAGAAAUUUGGGUUCCCCUUCCUGUGUCAGGGUGAGCAUCUCAAAGAGGUUACACAGAGGCAGUCCUGGUUCUCCAAGUGUCCCCAGUGUGCUUAAACUGUUAGGAAACUGAGUGUGUAUAAAAAUGAAAAGCACUGGAAGAAAUGGGAAAGAAUCACAAAUAGCCAGCUUGGCUUCAAAUUUUAAACAUGCACAAAUUUUGUCUCUGGAUUAUAUUAUGAAGCUUUUAUGUGAAACUUUUUUUUUUCAUAAUGAAAACCACAUUGGAGAUAUUUAGUAAUCAUAUGUUGUUACUGGUACUGAAACUAAGGAAACCAAGUUUUAGCACUUUAAGGAAGUGAUUUUGGCAUUUUAUUCUUUAGACAGAGAAAAGGAGACCCAGGCCCUGUUGGAUGUGCUGAUUUUGAUGCUCUCCCUGUGAGGCACCCGUGCAGAGAAGAGCACGUGGCAUAUGGCUGGUACAGACCCACAAGCCCCUCUCCUCCCCCAUGACUGGCAUCCACUUGCUUUAAAAUCCACUUUUAUCUUGAAUCAUGUAAGACAAAUAUAUUCUAAUGUAAGUUUUAUUUAAUUUGUGGUGCUUUGCAUAAUGGCCAGAAGCUUGUGUGUUUGUGAAGGUGGAAAUAAACUAUUUUUAAAGCCAG